GGGCCUCAGUCGGUGAUAGUGUUGGCAAGCGAAAGCACUUGCUUCGUGGUUCGCGGUCCUAGCUGCUGUUCCGUUCCAUGUCGUGCUGCGGACUUGUUCCCAAUAAGUGCCAUUAGAUUCUACGGUCGGACGACGGGGUUGUCGACCAAGUGAAGAAACUCAUACUGUGGUUCAAUUGCGACGCAAAUUGCGGAUUCCAACAUUACCUACGUGUCAAGUGAGGGUGACGGGACCUUGCCGUGAAUAAAUGGUAUAAUAAAUGGAUUAUUGGUGGUUCCGAAGGCGAAGCAUUUAUAGGAAGUAAUUGAGCAUAUUGUUCAGAAUAAUUCAACGAAUGUCCAAGUCAUCACUAUUGGGGGCCGAAUUUCUGUGAUGGAAUAUAGCGAUUCGCUGCGUUCGAUUCAGGACAUCGUUUGAUUGCCAUGUACAUCAAAUCGGGUCACCGAUUCCUCAGCGAGAAAGGCCAACUAGUGUUCCCUGGCCCGCCAACCCGUUCGGCUUUUUCGUUUUCGUACAUCAAUCCACCAACGACUACCGCCAGCACCACGACGGUUGCCCUUCCAGAUCCUCCGGAAAUUGACGAUGAUACAAACAUUACCGACAUGUGGCGAAGUAAAUCUACAUCCGGUUCGGAUAUGCUGUCCGACAAAAUACAGAUGUUCUACAUCUACAUUACGGUUACAAUAACUACGGUUUUCCUGCUCAUCGUGCUGGGAAUUUUCGGCUACAUGUGUUAUAAAAGGAAGGGCUUCCAAAGCAUUGAAAACCAGCAGGACAUUGAAACGACCAGGAGGCAAAGCAGUCGAAGGCGUAGCCAUUCCAAAAACUACUCCAAAGAUCGGGAAGCAGAGAACCAUCCCGGACAGACGCUUCUUCGUUGAGGGCGAUUAUUAUCUCCCGAAGCUAAUAUUUACCGUGGAGACAAAAUUUAAUAGUUUGUGCUACUUAUUGUACAGAACGGCAAACUAAUUUUAUAUUUCUAUUUUUAUUUUUAAGGACAUAAUAAAUCAUACAUUCGUUAGAUUGGACAGCCAUACCAGGAU